AUGGCUUCCAUGCUUGGUGUCAGCGAGGCAACUUUGCGGAGGAGACUUAGAGAUUGCGAAUUGUCUACUGCUCAGCGUUUUACUCGUCUAUCCGAUGAGGAACUUGACAAUAUAGUGAAAGACAUAAAAAUUGAGUUCCACAACAGUGGUUACAGAAUGAUAAUUGGACUGUUGCGGGCAAAAGGGUUGCAUAUCCCACAGCGUCGUGUAAUAGAGUGUUUAAGGCGAGUUGACAUUGAGGGAGUAAUUGCAAGAACACUACAACUCGGAAUCAUUUUUCGACGAAAGUACCAUGUGUAUGGACCCAAUGCAUUGUGGCAUAUUGACACAAAUCAUAAGUUAAUAAGGUGAAUAUUUGUAUUAAAAUCAACAAAAAAUCAUUGCUGUUGCCUUUGGUCUAAUUUUACAACUGUAAUAUGUUCUCGUUACUGUUGUUAAUUUGUUGUUAAUCUAAUGUAUUUCACUGUUUUUUACAGGUGGAGAUUGGUCAUUCAUGGUGGAAUUGAUGGUUUUUCUCGCCUUAUCGUGUUUCUUAACUGCCACAAUAACAACUGUGCAAGCACUGCUUUAGAAGAAUUCCAAUCGGCUGUUGGCAAAUUUGGACUUCCAAGUCGUGUAAGGACAGACCAGGGGGGUGAAAAUGUUGAUAUUGCAAGAUUCAUGCUGAGUCAUCCUGAACAAGGUGAAAACAGAGGAAGUCACAUAACUGGCCGCAGCGUUCAUAAUCAACGCAUAGAACGAUUGUGGAGAGAUGUGUAUUAUGCUUGUAGUUUCAAGUAUCAUUCACUCUUUACCCACAUGGAGAAUGUUGGCAUCUUAGACGUAACAAAUGAAAUCCAUAUGUUUUGUCUUCAUUACAUAUAUAUUCCCAUCAUCAGACAACAUCUUGUACAUUUUGUUCAAGGAUAUAACAAUCAUGGUCUGUCAACUGAAGGGAAUAAGACUCCUACACAACUAUGGAUUCAAGGAAUGUUCAACAUGGCAAACAGUAGUCACAGAACAGCCAGAGAGAUGUGGGAACCAAGAACUGAAGUAUGUACAUGUAUUUAUUUGUUCAAAAAAUACUUUACUUUACUUAUAUUAAUUUCAUCACUUGGUAUUAUUCUUUAAGAAUGACAUGAUCUUAUACGGAGUUGACUGGUCUGGCCCUACACCUUCACGAGAAUGGGGAAGUAUUGAGAUGGAGUCAGUAGCUGUAACUGUUCCAGAAAUUGUUCUACCCUUGUCGGAUGACACUCUUGGGCAGGUAUUGGAACAUCUUCAAGUGAUUAACCCUUUAGGGGAAACUGCAAACUUUGGAAUAGAUUUAUAUGAACAAGCAAUUGAGGUAAUUUCUAGAUUAACUGCUUAA